AUGGCUGAACAAGAGGAAGACUUCUCACAACUGCCGUUGGUCGACAGGUUCGUGCACAAGAAUUGGAAAGCCCGCAAGGGAGGAUAUGAGGCCGCCGUCAAAGAGUUUGAACUUACGCCCGACGAGUCGGACCCCGCCUUUCGACCCUUUUUACAAGACCCGAGUCUCUGGAAGUCGGCUGCUGGCGAUUCCAAUGUUGCCGCUCAGCAAGAAGGCCUGGCUGCAUUGUGCGCAUUUCUCAAAUAUGGUGGUCAACAAGCAGCCGUCAAGUCCCGAAACUUCACACUGCAGCCCAUCUACGAGAAGGGAUUGUCAUCGACGAGACCUCAAGCCAAAGCCAGUGCUCUAGAGGCUAUACUGCUCUACAUCGAACUUGACAAGUCGGAUCCCGUGAUUGAAGAACUAUUGCCCGCCCUCUCCCACAAGCAACCCAAGAUUGUCGCGGCAACUCUAAAUGCACUCACCUCUAUUUUCCACAAUUACGGCGUCAAGAUUGUCGAGCCCAAGCCUGUCCUAAAAGCUUUACCCAAGGUUUUUGGCCAUGCAGACAAGAAUGUCAGAGCCGAAGCGCAAAACCUCACUGUCGAACUGUAUCGGUGGCUCAAGGAUGCGAUCAAGGUCAUAUUCUGGAACGAAUUGAAGCCAGUACAGCAACAAGACCUGGAGAAGCUAUUUGAGAAAGUAAAGGAAGAGCCGCCGCCCAAGCAGGAACGCCUCACGAGGUCGCAGCAAGCCGCCCUGGCGACAGCAGCUCCAGUAGCUAGCGGUGCCGACGAUGAAUAUGGCGAAGUGGCUGAAGAGGGAGAAGAAGAAGUCGAAAUUGACUUCUCAGAGCCAGUCGAUGUCUAUUCGAACAUCCCCUCAGAUUUCCACGAAAUGGUCGGCUCGACCAAGUGGAAGGAACGCAAAGAUGCUCUUGACGCACUCUUCAAUGUCCUGAACCAACCCAAAAUAAAAGAGGCACCAUUCGAUGACCUAGUCCGUGCAUUCGCAAAGUGUAUGAAGGACGCCAAUAUUGCUGUGGUGACAGUGGCUGCCAACUGUGUCGAAAAGUUGGCAUUGGGUCUUAGGAAGUCCUUUGCGAAAUACAGAUCCACAAUCAUGUCGCCAAUGAUGGAGAGGUUCAAGGAAAAGAAGCAGUCCGUGGCGGACGCGUUGGGAGCUGCUCUGGACGCCGUCUUUGCUGCAACGUCUCUGAGCGAAUGCCUUGAGGAGACUUUGGGCUUCUUGCCCAACAAAAACCCCAAUGUCAAAGCUGAAACAAUAAAAUUCCUUGUCAGAUGCUUGCGGACUACCCGAGACGUGCCCUCUAAAGAGGAGCAAAAACGCAUCGCCGACGCAGCCACGAAGCUUUUGACAGAGUCCACCGAAAACAUCAGAUCUGGCGGUGCUGAAAUUCUUGGGACACUCAUGAAGAUCAUUGGUGAGCGUGCCAUGAAUCCUUAUCUAGAUGGACUGGACGACAUUCGAAAAUCCAAGAUUAAGGAGUACUUCGAUACUGCCGAAGUCAAAGCCAAAGAGAAGCCGAAGCCUGCUCCAGCUCCCGCCAAAGCGACUUCUGCCGUUGGUAAAAAAGUUGUUGGAGGUUCGAAGAAACCUGCACCUGGCGCAAGAAAGCCAGCACCAGUAGCAGCACCUGCUCCCGUCGAGGAAGCGACACCUCUGCAACCCAAACCUACGGCAAAAGCCCUUCCCAAACCCGGCGGACUGGCUCGACCGGGCCUUGCGCAGCCCGCUGGUCUGAAACUCGGCGGGCUCAAGAAACCUGCACCUGGUCGCCUUUCGGUUGGAAGCCCACAGCGACGAGUCAUCUCACCACCAGUGAGCACAGAUGGCGACGAAGAGGCAGCAGCAGCAGUGCCAUCUCCAUCAAAGUUUGGCAUGGGUCGAGGUGGACUUGCCGGCCGACCCUUGUCCAGACCGGCUGCUGCUCCACUGUCGCCCCCAUCGACGGCACAACCCUCAAACGCCCUUUCAGUGGUAGAGCGGGCAGAGCUAGAGGAACUCCGCGCCGAAAAAGAACGACUAACAGCAUUGACUGACAGCCUUCGAAGCAGCAAUGCUAAACUCACCGCAGAAAUAUCAGAACUUCAGAACCAGAACGCACAGCUGAUCGAGGAUCAUACACGUGAUGUUCUGCAAAUAAAAGCCAAGGAGACACAGCUCGUCCGGGCGAGAGGCGAAUGCGAUGUUCUGAAAGCAGAGGUCGAAAGUGUUAGGAAAGAGAGCGAGCGGUAUAAGCGCGAGGUGUCACGGCUUGGCCGUGAGAGUAUUGGUCGAGAACGAGACGACAUGAUUCGUAGCCGAGCACUGGACGAAACCUCCAACUUUGGCAGCGAAAGCGGAGCAGCUCUAUAUGAAGAUCCUUCCUUGAACAAUCGAUACCCGACGAACGGAAAUGUUCAUCCGCCGCGACCAACCAGCACAGCUUUGCAUCGGACCGGAAGCUCAGCGAGCACGCAGAGUGGACGUGCACAAUCGCAAUCCAGCGGGGCGAAAGCCAGACCGCAGAGUGGUUUUACGUCUCACGGUAACCGUCUCGAUCUCAGUCCCAGCGAGGAGAAAGAAAACAAUGGGCUGGGGAUCGACCCACUCGGAGCAACGAGGAGAAAAAUCAGUCCGCCCAUGGGAUCUCACAGUGGGAGGACGAGUCCCCAGCGAUCUGGGCAUACACCUGCAUACUCUAUGAGUAGGGAAGCUAGCGACUCGGGGCUAUCGGCAGGAGCAGGACCUAGGGAGUCAGGGUCCAGGCCGGAAGAGAAUUGGAAACGGGCGGCGGAAGUCACAAGCCAGUUGAAAGCGAGGAUUGAAGCUAUGAAGGUAAGUGGGCUCUUUGUUCUGUCAAGGCUUGAUGGGCGUAGCUGA